AUGCAGGCAAAUCAUUCAGUUAGUUACCUUUACGAACCAAGCGCUUCAAAGAGACCCAACGGGUUCUUACCACAAACACAAAAGCAAGCAAAUUUACAAAAAGCUUUAAACCAAACUGAGGAGGAAAUAGAAGAUGAGGACCUGAUGGUGGACCUCAACACAGGAUCUUUAACUCCUGUUAAGUUAAAAUAUUGGACUCAAAUGAGCAAUAUUACAGAAAAGUUUGGCAAGCUGUGA